UCCCGGCCUGUCUGGAGCUCGGCGGCCGCAGAGGCUGCAGCGGCGGCGGCGCGGCGCGGCGCAGGCACCGGCCCGGGGAGCGGCACCAUGAGCGGAUCACAGAACAAUGACAAAAGACAAUUUCUGCUGGAGCGACUGCUGGAUGCAGUGAAGCAGUGCCAGAUCCGCUUUGGAGGGAGAAAGGAGAUCGCCUCGGAUUCUGACAGCAGGGUCACCUGUCUGUGUGCCCAGUUUGAAGCCGUCCUACAGCAUGGCUUGAAGAGGAGUCGAGGAUUGGCACUCACAGCAGCAGCGAUCAAGCAGGCAGCGGGCUUUGCCAGCAAAACCGAAACAGAGCCCGUGUUCUGGUACUACGUGAAGGAGGUCCUCAACAAGCACGAGCUGCAGCGCUUCUACUCCCUGCGCCACAUCGCCUCGGACGUGGGCCGGGGCCGCGCCUGGCUGCGCUGUGCCCUCAACGAGCACUCCCUGGAGCGCUACCUGCACAUGCUCCUGGCUGACCGCUGCAGGCUCAGCACAUUUUAUGAAGACUGGUCAUUUGUGAUGGAUGAAGAGAGGUCUAGCAUGCUUCCUACCAUGGCAGCUGGUCUGAACUCCAUACUCUUUGCGAUUAACAUCGACAACAAGGAUUUGAACGGGCAGAGUAAGUUUGCUCCCACCGUUUCAGACCUCUUAAAGGAGUCAACACAGAAUGUGACGUCCUUGCUGAAGGAGUCCACGCAAGGAGUGAGCAGCCUGUUCAGGGAGAUCACAGCCUCCUCUGCUGUCUCCAUUCUCAUCAAACCCGAACAGGAGACUGACCCGCUGCCUGUCGUGUCCAGGAACGUCAGCGCUGAUGGCAAAGGCAAAAAGGAGCGGAAGAAGAAAAAAAAAGUGACCAACAUUAUCUCAUUUGAUGAUGAGGAAGAUGAGCAGAACUCUGGGGAUGUAUUUAAAAAGAUACCCGGGGCAGGGGAGAGCUCAGAGGAGAACUCUGACCGCUCCUCUGUCAAUAUCAUGUCGGCCUUUGAAAGCCCCUUCGGGCCAAAUUCCAAUGGAAGUCAGAGCAGUAACUCAUGGAAAAUUGAUUCUCUGUCUUUGAACGGGGAGUUUGGGUAUCAGAAACUUGAUGUGAAAAGCAUUGAUGAUGAAGAUGUGGAUGAAAACGAAGAUGACAUGUAUGGAAACUCAUCAGGAAGGAAGCACAGGGGCCACUCGGAGUCGCUUGAGAAGCCACUGGAUGGGAACACCUGCCUCUCCCAGAUGCACAGCUGGGCUCCGCUGAAGGUGCUGCACAAUGACUCCGACAUCCUCUUCCCUGUCAGUGGCGUGGGCUCCUACAGCCCAGCAGAUGCCCCCCUCGGUAGCCUGGAGAAUGGGACAGGACUAGAGGACCAUGUUCUCCCGGAUUCUGGACUUCGGUACAGUGUGGAAGCUAGCUCUCCAGGCCAAGGAAGUCCUCUGAGCAGCCUGUUACCUUCUGCCUCAGUGCCGGAGUCCAUGACGAUGAGUGAACUGCGCCAGGCCAUUGUGGCCAUGAUGAACAGGAAGGAUGAGCUGGAGGAGGAGAACAGAUCGCUGCGGAACCUGCUUGACGGUGAGAUGGAGCACUCAGCUGCGCUCCGGCAAGAGGUGGACACGUUGAAAAGGAAGGUGGCUGAGCAGGAGGAGCGGCAGGGCAUGAAGGUCCAGGCGCUGGCCAGGGAAAACGAGGUACUCAAAGUCCAGCUGAAGAAGUAUGUGGGAGCUGUCCAGAUGCUGAAAAGAGAAGGUCAAGCAGCUGAAGUUGUGCCAAAUCUUUGGAGUGUUGAUGGAGAAGUUACAGUCACUGAACAGAAGCCAGGAGAAGUUGCUGAAGAACUUGCAAGCUCCUAUGAAAGAAAGCUUAUCGAGGUGGCAGAGAUGCAUGGCGAGCUGAUUGAGUUCAACGAGCGCCUGCACAGGGCCCUGGUGGCCAAGGAAGCCCUCGUGUCCCAGAUGAGACAGGAGCUCAUCGAUCUCCGCGGACCGGUGCCUGGAGAUUUGAGUCAAACAUCUGAAGACCAGAGUUUGUCGGAUUUUGAAAUAUCAAACCGGGCGCUGAUCAACGUCUGGAUCCCCUCAGUGUUUCUCCGGGGCAAAGCAGCGAAUGCAUUCCACGUGUAUCAGGUCUACAUCCGAAUAAAAGACGACGAAUGGAACAUCUAUCGGCGGUAUACAGAGUUCAGAAGUUUGCACCACAAGUUACAGAACAAGUACCCUCAAGUGAGAGCCUACAACUUCCCACCCAAAAAGGCCAUCGGAAACAAGGAUGCCAAGUUUGUUGAGGAACGCAGAAAGCAGCUCCAGAAUUACCUGCGUAGCGUCAUGAACAAAGUCAUCCAGAUGGUCCCCGAGUUUGCCGCCAGCCCCAAGAAAGAGACUCUGAUCCAGCUGAUGCCCUUCUUCGUUGACAUCACCCCUCCCGGAGAGCCUGUGAAUAGGAACAGCCGGCCCAAAGUGGCUUCCCGCUUCCCCAAACUGUCCCGAGGUCAGCCCCGGGAGACACGCAACGUGGAGCCCCAGAGCGGCGACCUCUGACCUCGACGGAACCCCAGCCACAGGCCUUAUACGUCAUGCCAGCUGCCUCCACCUGGGCCACUGCUGCUGGCCCCUCACACCUCGGCGUGACGACCACGUCCACCUGGUGACCCUGAGAGCACACAGUCCCCACUGGUCACAUGACACCCUAAUUAAACUCUUCAUUCUCAGAGUCGCACUGUCCCUGGCCCCAGAGCAAGGCGGCGCCUCGCUGGACAGACUCGGACACGUGGUCCCUCUUCUCUCGGGGUCUGCCCUGGGCUGCAGCAGCUGCUUGUGGGCCUCGCUGCAGUUCACAGGUGGCAGGAGGGUGGGCGCCAGGCCAGGCUGGGUGCCCUCUGGUUGAGAUGCACAGCUGAUCCCCUACACGGCAAGGUUCCUGUGGAGCCAGCCCCUCCACUCCUUCCCACACGCGGACUAGCAUGACUGUUAGCCUUGCCUUUUGCUUUUUAAGGUUAUUUCCUGGUCCAACUGAUCGAUGGCUGGGAUGGGAGGUUCCGGUUCCUUUCAUUGCAACCUCCACCAACAGCCAUUACAGCGCUCUUUUCCAGAGAGAUGUCCCCAGGGCCUUGGCAAGGAGCCAUUAGUGAUGUUUAACUUGAGUUCGGAGAACUUCCCCUACCUCCCCAUGGCUGGAUUCAGAAAGGACCAUGCCCUAGGAGCCUGAGGCCACCUCGGCCCUCACCAGGCUUGGAGGGGACUCGGACAUCCGACUCAGCUGUCAGCAGCAACCCGGUAACCUGGUGUCACCCAGCCUAUCCAAAACGCACUGGCCUUGGCCCCACGGUUGUGAGAAACUUGGCUUAGGGAACCACCGCAGGUGGUCCCAUGAUUUUCAGACCAGGGUCCAUUUCUGUGAACUUGGACCCAGCAUGGACACUGAACAGAUCAUGUUCAUCUCCACUCAAGAUGCAUUUCCACCCCUAUGUGUCCCCCGUACACUGUCCAUGGGAACAGAACUCUGCAUCCCUAAGAUGGGGUCCUCCGUUCCUCCCAUCUCUACGUGGCUCUCCGAGUACAGAGGCCUCAGCAGGGAGGGGAGGAUGGAGACCAGCAGCUUGGUGGCGCCCCGGGGCUCCUCCAGUGAGCCCACAUCAGAGCACCUCGAAGGACCAGAGUCCUCCUCAGAUGCUCCACACAGUUGAGUUUGCAUUCUGGGGUAAAUAUUAAGUAACUAGGAAGGAGGUCCUGAAACGGACUGUGCGAGAAUCAGUUUGUGUGUUCCGCCUUCACUUGACGCAGAGACACAGGUGGAUGGUGAUGGUUUGAUGGCAAGCCAUAGCCUUGUCCUUUAACUGCUUCAACUCAGUUGCUUAAAAUGGGAACAGCGCAGGUGAGCAUGGAGCAUCUCCUGCUCAAGGAAAUCUCUAGGGAAUCAUCUGGAAGGUUUAUGCUAUGUGUUCCCCUCAUAGCAAGAACAGUUGUUCAUGGCUUUGAAGGAAAGCUGAGAUCACUCACACACAGCCCUCCAGAGAAACCGAGGAGGCCUGUGUAACUUCUGAGGGGACCCUGGGCCAGAUAAGCCAUGCCCAGGUGAGACCGAAAGAGCUUGAGUGAGUAAGGAGGUGGGGGCCCCUGCAGUCAGCUCCUGCGAGUGUGAAGGACCUGAGAUGCCCUGGUCUCCCGCCCCCUCGUCUGCCAGCGUCACUGCAAUACACAUGCUUUAUCUGAAAUUCCAGGGCCCGGAGUGCCCAUCAGCCCACGCGGCUGGCACCUUUCAACAGAGAACCAUCACACGCUGAGGCAGGGACCGUCUGACAGCUCAAGCUGCCCUAUGUCCUGGCCCCCCAGGUUGGAUUUAUGCCACAUAGGUCAUUUUGAGGUAGGUCUUUGAUGCCCACUCAGAGAUGGUCCCAGGAGUGCCUCCCCAACCAGGAAACCUGCACUACAGAUCAUCUCCCUCUUCUCUCUGUUAGAUACUGAAAGGAACCUCCCCUCUCCAACAUCCCCCUGUGCCCAGGCUUCUGACCCGCAGCCUUUUCUGCCAGCUGCUUCCAAAACACAGGAUGCGAAUCAGUCCUCACCCUCUCCAGAUACCACACCAGAAAGCACCUUGGACAUUCUGCACGUUAAGAAACAAAGCAAAAAAAGUCCCCCGGAACGAUGACAAACGGACAGAUGCGAACCCGUGAGAAACAAGUGUGCACUCAGCUGGUAUUUAACGGGCAGGAGAAGGUCUGCCUCCCUUUUUUAUAAGACUGAAUUAUUCACAGAAAACAAGGCCUCCCGUGUUCCUGGGACCCACGUGGGGACCAUCCCGGCUCCCUGCUCCUGGUACACCUCCCAUGAUCACACACAGACCCUCGAGUCUUCAAGAUACAGACCAUCUCCUCAUUUUUGCUCAGAAGUGCAUGUGACCGGCGCAUGACAGCGGCUCCCCAAAGCCUCCCCUUCGAAAUCUCAUAGAAUAUUCUGCAAUGAAUGAGUCCAUCCCGCUGCUCACGUGACCCUUGCCUUGCUCUGUGGUGCAGUGGGAUGAAUUUCAGGCAACAGAGAUGACUGACAGUCUUCCCGGUUCCUGGAGAACUGGGGCAGAAAUGCCCAGGCCUAGCAAGAUUGCAGCUGGAAUCCGGUCCCUGAACUCCACCCCCGGAGAUGUGUCAUUUGCCCCUCAGCCUGGAUUCCAUUCUGAGGGCUGGCUCAGCCCGUGACCUAUCAAUGGCAAAAACACCCCUGCAGAAAGGAUCCCUCACACCUCAUGUCUGUCUCCUUCAUCCAAGAAGAUUACUCAGGGUUCUCCAAAGUCAGCAUCUGAGAAAGGAAGUGCUCCCCAUUCAGAGCGGAACUAGGGAGGCCUGUCUCUCUCUCUCUCUCUCUGAGGGCCUUGGAUAUCUGGGACUGUCUCUGCUGGGAAGAAUCAUCCCCUUUUUCUUUGUGGUCUGUGGUGCCUCAAAACGUCACCAGGUUCCAUCUUUGGCGUCAUCCCGUUUUUUGUUUCUUCACCACCAGAUGAAAGAAGACUCAGCAAAGGCAGGGCUGGGCAGAGGUGUCUCUCCUAGGAAGAGAAGGAAAGCUUCCAGGAAGGGAGGUUCAAGGCUGCUAGAAACCUAGCCCAGCCCUGCCCUCCCAACCUGGGACAGAGCCUUCUCAGCUCUUCUUCCUGGGCUCAGUCUGAAAUUCAGCUUCUCGGAUUGCUCUUAGGGGCCAGCAACACACUUUGCUGGUAAGCCAUUGCAGAAUGUGGAGCUGAGGUUCAAGGUCCCCAGCAUUUCUCUACCGGCAGCCUCUGGUGGAGGAAGACGCUUUGACGAAAGAGGUUCUUACAGCCCAUGGUGGUGGCCAUCCUCACAUCCAGUCACCAGCUGCAUCCAGGGACUGCCUGCUCCAGAAGGGAUCAUCAUCCAGUAGAGUUGUAAACAAGGGUACCGUCUUAAAAGAUCUAGGAAGAGGUAGGCGAGCGAUCUGGACCCAUCUGCUCAUAGCCCUUGGCCCUGCUUCAUACCUUGGAGCUUAUUAAGAUGAUUUCUUUGAGAACCAUUUAAUUUUUUUCAGAACUGUGGCAGGUGAUGUGUUAUGCUUUAAAAUCAGGCGCCCGAAAGCCUCUUGCACCAGGCGGAUGGCUAGCAGGGCUGUAGCCAAUGCCACAGACUGGCGCUAGGGCCAGUGAUCAUGACCCUCAGUAGGAAACAGGAGUGAAGCCUCGCAGCCUGCCUGGUGGAUGAACAGCAGCUUAUUUCCAGACACCCUGAUCCAGGGCUUGGUGGCCCAGGCGAGCUGUGGCCUCUCUUGGUUGUGCAUGUGACGAUUUGCCCACCCCAAGGACCAGGUCAUGGGGUUCUGGGCCUCAGCCCUCCUGCCCCACCUGCUCAAACCCCCAUGGGGCUAUGACUCCAUCCAGCCCCUCACAGGGAGGCCCAGCCAUGUUCUCUGGGCUCCCAGUGAGCCCCCUCCUCUCCACCCAUCCCCAGAAUCCAUCCAUCAUUCCUCAGCCAAGCUCCUAUAUGAGCUGCAGCCCCCACACGGGUGAGGCCCUGCACGUCAGAAGUAUCUUCCAGCCUUGGCACAGAACUGAUGCCAAAAGGAGGGCUGGGUUUUCAGCUCCUGGGACCUGCCUGAGAAAGACCUCACCUCACUCCUUCUCCAGUACAAACUGGCUAGGAGGCAUCGGGGGAGGGGCAGCCUCAUGCCCAGGUUUCAACCCCAAAGGCGAUGAUUCUCUUGACUCUGCCUUGGUGUUUCGCCCGGGAUCACAGCAGACCUCGGCUGUUUCUAGAAGGCAGGCGCCUGCUUAUGAGCAAGGUCGAUGGUAACAUUUUUCAAAAUAUUGUGUAUUAAUUCAUUAAAGCUAAUGUUAAAUAUUUGCCGUUUUCAGAUUGGCUUCUGUGCUAAUUUUGCACAGUGGUAGCACUGUAUAUUUUAUCUCACAUUUCUGUGCCAAAAAAGUUCAUCUUCGUGUUUUUGUAAUACACAAUCUUGAUUACGUUUCUAAGAUGAAGCUUCAGCUCCUGGGUCAGUAGGAAUGAGGGUGCGGCUUUCAGCGUCUCCAGGCUCUAGACAGACCCAUCCUGCCACUCAUCCCACGGUGUUGACCUGCACCCGACCAGCCAUCUCUGCCAUUCCUCAUGCUAGCCAUGAACCAUUGCCGUCAUCUGGGCCUGAUUUGGGUACACUAAAUUCUGUCAUUGAGGACACGAUUCCGUUUCUAAAUCCCCACAACCAAGUAGAGUAUCCUUCCUUAUAGCUAAUUUCAAGAGAGAACUGAAAAAGAAAUCUGGUUUCCUUAAAAGAUGAUGGAGCCUAUGAUAUCAACAAGCAGCCCUCUGGCAGAAGAUUCUAGAUUCACUCAUGGUUUGAGGCCCAGGGAUUUAGCUCUUACUGGUGCAUAAAUGCUUUCCUACCAUAACUGGAACACCGCUCACCCAGGCCACCCACUUUCCCGCGAGCGUGCUCAGCUGUGCCACGUCUCCGUGAACUGCAGAGGAAAUGCCACUCAUUCACCAUCAGUGUAGGACAGAAGGACACACAAUGGGGGAUUGAACAUUUGCACCCAGAGCAAGUGAACGCUUCCUGAGUGACCCCGGAGACUGCAGAUUUCCGGGAGUGAAGGGGAUGGGGGUGGAGCUCAUUAGAAUUUGUAUUAGCCAGGAUUCCUCCUAAGAAGAAUGUCCACCUCUCUUCAUCCCUGGCCUAGCUGCCGGGUAGAACCCCUACUCAUCUGACACCGACUUCUUAAGCGAGUCUUUUGAAUGGAGGAGCAAUGGUAACCCCGCUGCAGGGGGGCGCCUGGCCUGGCCAGUUACCCAUGAUCGGGUGCCAGUGAGCCGUCUUCGGGGUAAGAGAGCCGUGAAUCUAGAGUCCAUUAUAGUCUGUGUGUACAUAAGGUCUAAAUGUCUCCGGAGAUGCCCUGAAACCUGUAGUGUUCUCUUAACUACCCUCUUAUGUUAAGGUUUACAUAAUAGGAUUUUUAAACAAAUGUGUUUAAUUUUUUAAGAUCUCUUGUAUUAAAAUUUUCUUUUGGAA